GGGACGGCGAGGCUGGGACCGGCCGUCCGCUGGCACCGCAGCCCGGGACCCGCGCCGUGCCGCGCCGCUCCAGGUGAAAGAACACAGAAAAGAAGAUGGAUUGGGGAACUCUGCAGGCUGUUCUGGGAGGUGUCAAUAAGCACUCCACCAGCAUUGGGAAGAUAUGGCUCACAGUCCUGUUCAUCUUCCGUAUCAUGAUCCUGGUUGUGGCUGCAGAGAGAGUCUGGGGAGAUGAACAACAAGAUUUUGUCUGCAAUACACUUCAACCUGGGUGUAGAAAUGUUUGCUAUGAUCACUUUUUCCCCAUCUCUCACAUCAGACUCUGGGCCCUGCAGCUGAUCUUCGUUUCUACCCCUGCGCUGCUGGUGGCCAUGCACGUGGCUUACACCAGGCACGAGAAGAAAAGGCGAUUUAGAAAUGGUGACAAAAUUAAUAUUGAAGAGCUGAAAAAUGAAAAGAUUCAUAUUCGAGGUCCCCUGUGGUGGACAUAUACCUGCAGCAUCUUCUUCAGGAUCAUCUUUGAAGCAGUCUUCAUGUACGUGUUCUACUACAUGUACGACGGCUACCAGAUGCCUCGUCUGGUGAAGUGUGAUGCGUGGCCCUGCCCCAACGUAGUGGAUUGUUUUGUGUCUCGGCCUACUGAGAAAACCACGUUUACUAUUUUUAUGCUUGCUGUAUCUGGGAUCUGCAUGAUGUUGAAUCUGGCUGAGUUGUGUUACUUAGUGCUAAAAGUUUGCCUGAAAGAUUCUGGGAAAACAACAGUUCUAAAAUAAUUCCUCAGUUCCAUGAUUGCUUGGCUUCCCAGGUCCCUUCAAAAUUUACUUAGGCGUCAGAAAACAAUUGGCAAAAGGAUAAAAACAAAAGGGCAUUUUUUUUUUUAAUGAUAGCCUCCCUAGGAAGCUGCCAUUGAGGCAGGUUUUAAGAUCAUGAGCUACUUUGGUAUUCCUGUAUCCACAAAUAGAGAGAUCAGCCUUCUUGGCUGCACCUUUUUCAAGUAUGCUUCCUGCUGUGAUGGUCACUUUUUGAAAAGUGGGAAUGAGAAGCUCUAGUGCCACACAGACAGAGGGAUUGCAAACAAAUUGCACCAAAUGCUUGUUGCCAACGAGGCAGGGCACUGUGGUUUCCUGCUCUUUUUCUCCCCAGCGUUCUGUGAAGAAUCUCAGUACGGUAGGUUUUAUUUGAUGAUGAGACUUUUUACUCGACUGGGCUUCCUUCAGCAGUGUUUUUCUGUG